AUGCCUGGUCUGGUACCCAUGCGAAGGCCGCGCGAUGAUGAGGACGAUGAGAGUGAUAUCGAUGCCCCGUCGUCGUCCGCUGACAAACGCCCGCGCUUGAAUGGCCAUGCUUCUUCACAGGCUCCUCUACUGCCGCGCAGCUACGAGAACGGCCACAACGAUGCAGCGCCCCUCACCCAUUCACCUGGCUCUAUCGUCAGAGUCGCCAUGAAGGACUUUGUCACAUACACCUCGGCCGAAUUUCUACCCGGUCCCAGUUUGAACAUGAUCAUUGGUCCCAACGGCACUGGAAAGAGUACUCUGGUCUGUGCUAUCUGUCUGGGUCUUGGAGCCAAACCCGACGUACUCGGUCGAGCGAAGGAUCCUUCUGAGUUCGUCAAGCAUGGUCAGAAAGAGGCCGAGAUUGAGAUCGAACUCGAACGCGAUCCCGCUCGUCAUCGUACCAACCCCGUCAUCAAACGAAUCAUCAAAAGAGACUCAAACAACAAGACUUACUUCAUGAUCGAUGGCAGAAACAGCACCCAAAAGGCUGUCGCAGAGCUCUGCCGCUCUUUCUCCAUACAAGUCGACAAUCUGUGCCAGUUCCUUCCUCAAGACCGUGUCGUUGAGUUCGCUGCACUGGACCCUAUCGAACUUCUGGUCCAGACACAAAGAGCUGCAGCUCCAGACUACAUGAGUGAAUGGCAUGAUCAGCUCAAAAACAUGCGAAGCCAGCAACGAAAACAUCAAUCCGACCAAGGUCAACAUACUGAGAACUUGAAGAACCUUGAAGGCCGGCAGAACAUGCAGCGCGGUGAUGUUGAGCGUCUGCGUGAGCGUGCCGACCAGCAAGAAAAGCUUGCUGCUCUUGAACGCCUGCGACCCUUUCCUGCUUACAAUGUUGCAAGAGACAACUACCACGAAGCCAAAGAACGCUGCAAGGAAGCCAACGAUGAGCUUGCCGCACUGCAGCGUGAAUGUGAGCCUGCUUUGGCUGCUGUCAACGCCAAAGAAGAAUAUGUUAAAGCCAUUGACGCCGUCGUCAAGCGUCGCCAGCGUCUUGUAACUCGUGCACAAGACGACAUCAAACAGAAAAUCAAGAAGCAGAACACGGCAUCAGAACAGCACAAGGCUUGUGAACAGGAACUAGAAGCCGAGCAGAAGAGUGUCAAGGUACACAAGCAGGAGCGCGUUCGUAUUGACAGCCAAAUUAAGGGUUUGGAACGUCAAGUCGAGAUUGAGCCACCAGCGAUCGAUAUUGCCGCACUCAACGAGAAAAUCAGAGACAUUUCGCGCCAACAACGUGAAAAGACUGAUGCCGCCAGAGAGGAGAAUGUCAAGCAAGACGACAAAGUUGCUGAGCUGAACUCACUUCAACAACGUAUCGCAGCUGCAGAUACAAGUCUGAAACAGCUCCGGUCCAAAGCUGGACAACAAGUCAACAAACUCAACAAUGCCUCUCCAGAUACUGCAAAGGCCUGGGACUGGAUUCAGAAAAACAGAGAUCAGUUUACUGGCAAAGUGUUCGGACCAGCAAUCCUCGAGUGCUCUGUCAAGGACACGAAGUUUGCCAAUCUCAUCGAGUCGGUGCUUGGUCAGGCAGACAUGGUCUGUAUAACAAUGACACACAAAGAGGAUUUUAAUCUGCUUCAACGCGAACUCUUAGAUAGACAGAGGUUGUCUGACAUCAACUUGAGAAUGCUCGAUACGCCCUUGAGCUAUUGGAAGAGGCCCUAUUCUCAAGACGAGCUACGACAACUUGGUCUGAAUACCUACGUCCUGGAUCUUCUCGAAGGACCUGAGGAAAUCCUCAGUAUGCUUUGUGACAACAGAAACAUCCACAUGUAUGGUGUUGCAUUCCAAGAGUUGAGCUCUCAACAAUUUGAUGGAAUGAUGUCAAGUCAUAUUUCGAAUUGGGCGACACCUACUGAAACUUACAACGUAACAAGGAGAAGGGAGUAUGGUGACGCUGGUACAUCUACACGCACGGCGCGUAUCAAGACAGCGCGCUUCUUCACUUCCCAACCCGUGGACACGCAAGCCGAACAGGAGUACAAGAACACAAUUGCCGAGCUCAAGCACGAAUCGCAGGAAAUUCAACGACAAGCUGAAGCACACAAGGCUACGAGUGUUCGCUAUGGACAUGAGUACAGUGAGCUUGGUGCGCAGAAGAAGGAGCUCGAGGCUGAGAAGAAGCAAGCGCAAGAUGCACGAUCCGAGUGGCAGAAACUGCCGGUCAGAAUCGCUGGGCUUGUGACGAAACGUGAUUCUUUGGAUGAGCGGCAAGCAAACUAUCGAGCCAGAGUUCAAGAAAUUAAGAAUAAGCAAGACAAACUCACUCUGGAUCGAGCUCAGGAUGCUUUGACUCUUGUUUCUUCCGUGCAGAGCUUGCAAAAACUGGAAAUGGAUCUCCUGCAAGCAAGUCUUGCGAUGAUUGAAGGAGAGUCGGACUUCCAGUUGCUCAAGGCGCACAGCGAAGAAGUGCGACAGAAUCUCGCUCAGCGAGAACGCGACGUGAAGGAGUUGGAGAUCGAGAGGAACAACUUGAAGAAGAUCGCCACAGCUGGACUCAAAGCGUGCAACGAACUGCUCCAGGAUCUCUCAGAGCGAGAAACGGAGAUCUACACUGAGUACAACAAGAUGAACCUCGAUGAAUACGAGGCCGAGAUCGACAGUACGAAGGCCCGACUUGAGAUGGUUGACGGAGGUAAUCCUCAGAUCCUUCGCGAAUUCGAAAAGCGUGCCGAAGAUAUUGAGAGGGCCAAGCGUAAAUUGGAGAAUAUCGAGAACGACCUUGUUGAAUUGCAACAAAAUAUCGACGAGAUACGGGAGAAAUGGGAGCCCGAGCUUGACCAACUUAUCGGUCAAAUCAGCGAUGCUUUCAGCGAGAACUUUGCAAAAAUCAACUGUGCCGGUCAAGUUGAGGUUUACAAAGAAGACGAUGAUUUCAACAAAUGGGCCAUCCAGAUUCAGGUCAAGUUCAGAGAAAACGAACAACUGUCCGUCCUCGACUCGCAUCGCCAGUCUGGUGGCGAACGUGCUGUAUCAACAAUCUUCUAUCUCAUGGCGCUACAAAGUCUUGCCCGAGCUCCCUUCCGUGUUGUUGACGAGAUCAACCAAGGAAUGGAUCCCCGCAAUGAACGCAUGGUACAUUCUCGCAUGGUUGAUAUUGCUUGUGCAGAACACACUUCGCAGUAUUUCCUCAUCACACCCAAGUUGCUGCCGAACUUGGCCUACCAUCCAAACAUGAAGGUACACUGUAUUGCAAGUGGAGAGUACAUGCCCCAAGACCAGGGCAAGCUGGACUUUGGAGCUUUAGCUCAGAAGGCUUUGGCUGUAUAUGGUGGAGCUUGA